AUGGGUUGUAUAAGAGCUGGAAGAACUGGGUGUGCUCUCUUGACUUUCUUCUCCAUACUUUCCUCACCUUGUCACUUGUUCCUCACCGUUAUUAUCAUGCUCGCUUGCACCUCCACUCUUCUCUCGGGUGAGACUGUUCUUGCACUAUACCGAGCCUUUUCGAAGGCUCGAACUGACUUUGUCCCUCACUUCAUAGUCUCCCUUAUCUCAUUGACCAAGCUCGUCACUGCUCUGCCCACCUUCGGAAAUGACUAUCUCCUGGGCCCUCGCGAGCUCCUAGUGUCUUCUCACGCCGACCUCCGCGUGCGAACCACCUCGGCUACCUCCAACGGUUCCGUCUCAAACUUCGCCAAGUCCGCGAUCAACAGCGUUGCGGGAAUUUAUGUCUGUGGUCUGGAUUGCGCGGAUCUUUGGACGGUUUGUGAGUGGUCUCUCCUGCGUGAAUAGGGGCUUACGGCUGCUGUCAGUUCAGUCGUUGCUAACGAGGAUCUUGAUCUACGGUGGCUCUGCGGAUGAUGCAGACACGAAAUGUGAUCUCACCAACUCGACGUUAGUCGACAGCUGCUUGUGCAACGUCGAUGCUGUGAGAUCCCUUCCCCUGAGGACCGGCCGAGGUGAACGGUAGACGAACGAGCUGCUGACGCCUAUCGGCUCUUCACUUCUCUCCCAGAACGACGCUUGGGCAACAUGCACCUCGUGCAUUGCGGUACGUCAAGGGAACAUCACCGCUCAACUGAACUAUACUGGCACCACGCAAAAUGUCUAUGCUUCCGGAUGUGGGAGGGCGUAAGUCUGCAGCUUAGAACAUCGAUGCGAGCUUUUUCCGACUCAUCUGAUGACGUUGAUCGAUCUACCUCAUUAUUAUUGCCAGUCUCAACUAUACCACGAGUGCCUUGGUAGCAACCUACACCAGCUCCAGUUCGAGUUCGACGCCCACCUCGUCCAAGUCUGCCUCGUCAACCUCAAUGGGAAAGACUUCGUCCGCAGCGGCUAGUUCGGUCUACAUGACCGAGGGCCGCAAAUUAUUUUCCAUCUUGUCGAUGGUGGUCGUUGGACUUUUUGUGUUGUGA